AUGGCCAAAAAGCUUUUCAGUUUCAAUCUUCCAUAUCGAUCAUUCUCCUCCACACCCGAAACUCCCACUCUCUACUCUUUCCUUCAACCAUGUUUGUUUUCCAUCAAUAAACCCUUUUUCGACGAACCCCAAAACCUCCCAACUUCUCCACCACACUCACUCUCCCUCAUACCACACCAACUUUCAUCUCUUCUAACAACUCUCCACAAAUCCCUCAUCACUUCUCAAAUCGAUCAAGCUUGGAAAUCCUUCAAAACCCUCACAACCCACCGUUCCUUCCCACCUAAACCCCUCACCAAUUCCCUCCUCACCCACUUAUCCUCCCUCAGUGACAUUCACAAUCUCAAAAGGGCUUUUGCAUCUACAAUCUAUCUUAUUGAGAAAAAUCCUAACUUGCUUGAUUUCGAUACCAUCCAUACCAUGCUUGUUUCCAUGAAAUCUGUCAACACUGCUGCCCCGGCUUUUGCAAUGGUCAAAACAAUGUUUAAAAAUAGGUUUUUUAUCCCUUUUAAUUCGUGGGGUGGUGUGGUUAUUGACAUUGCCAGGAGCAAUGAUAACCUUGCUGCUUUUUUGCCUGUUUUUGAAGAGAAUUGUAGGGUUGCUUUGGAGGAGAAGAUGGAGUUCAUGAAGCCGGAUGUUGCUGCUUGCAAUGCUGCUCUUGAAGCUUGCUGUUGUUGCCUUGAAUCGAUUACUGAUGCUGAGAGAGUUGUUGGAAUAAUGUCGAAUAUUGCCUCUCAACCAAAGCAUGAAGUUCUUUGA